GGCGAGUCCCAGGUGGUCCGGUGAGCACUCUCUUCACUUCUCCCUCUCCACUGUUUGUUCAAAUAAUCCUUCUACAAAACAUUUAGUAUCCUUUUUUUUUUUUUUAAACUCAGUGUUGUGCUGAAAUGUAUAAUGGAACAGAACGUUUCAUCUUUAGAUGGAUUGUGAUUUGUUGUGUUGAAAUGAAAGGAUGGAGUGUGAUUAUCAAGUGCCCUUUUAACUAGGGAGGUCGAGGAAUUUUUGUUUGUUUGUUUGUUUGUCUUUGGAAGCGACAUUUAAGCAAAGAGAAACCUCGGUGAACAUAGGGAGGAAGUUUUGUUGAGAUCGAGGGAAGAGCUUUAAAAGUAGAAGGUGUGAUGGGGUGGGGCAGGAGGGAAGUCCAAGAGGGAGGAGAUAUAUGUGUACAAAUAGCUGAUUCACUUUGUUGUACAGCAGAAACUAAAACAGUGUUGUAAAGCAAUUAAAUUCCAAUUAAAAAAAGACAAAAAAUGGUACAAGAAAUAGCAAGUGCAAAGUUACUGUGGUGGGAGCAUGUUUGAUGUAUUUCAGGGAUAACAAUAAGCUAGUAUCAGAGGAAAAUAUGCACUGUGAGAUUAGGGGAAUAGCUGGGGACCAAAUUAAACAGGCCCUUGAAAGUCAUGACCAGAGCUUUGAUUUUUGUUCUGAGGGUGAAGGAGAACCACUGGAGUGUUGGUGAUGUGAUCUGAUUUAUAUUUUAAAAGGAAGGGAAAUCAAAAGAAGGAAGUAAGAGUGGAAGUGAUGCUUAGUAAUCCAGGUGGAAGGUGAUAGCUACCUAGAUCACGGUGGUAGCAUUGGAGCUUGUGAGAUUCUGGGUAUCUAUUGGAGAUAGGAAAUAUGGCAUUUGAUCAGGGUUUGGUUGUGGAGUGUGAGAGAAAGAAAGAAAUCAUGAAUAACUACAAAGAUUUUUGACCUGGGCAAUUGUGUAUAUGGUCAUGCUAUUUACUGAGAUGGGAAGAUGGGCUGGGAUGAGAUAAAAAUCAAGAUUUGAGUUCCAGAUAAAUUAGAGAGACCUGUUGAAUAGCCAAGUGGAGUAUUGGUUAUAUAUCUAGAGUUUAGGACUGGAGAUGUGAAUUUGAGAGUUGUUAAUGUAUUUAAGGGCUUUCCCAGUGGCUCAGUGGUAUAAGAAUCUGCCUGCAAUGCAGAGAUACAGGAGACUUGGGUUCAAUCCCUGGAUGGAGAAGAUCCCUUGGAGGAGGGCAUGGCAACCAAUUCUAGUAUUCUUGCUGGGAAAAUCCCAUGGACAGAGGAGCCUGGUGGGCUACAGCCAUGGGGUCACAGAGUUGGACAUGACUGAACUGACUGAACACAGUGUAGUUAAAGCCAUGGGACAGGUUAAGAUUAUCUUGAGGGUAGGUUUUCGUGAAUAUAGGUAGGAAAGAGGUCUAGGGAGUGAGCUUAGGGCAUUCAAAGGCUGACAAAAGGCUGACAAGAAGAGGAGGAACCAGCAAAAGAGACUGAGAAGGACUGAUGUAGAAGGAAAUCCAAAAGAGUGUAUGGGUCCUGGGAGUCAAGAGGAGAAAGCAUUUCAAGGAAGAGAUGAUCAACUGAGUUAAAUUCUUCUAAUAGAGAUGGAGGAAGAUGCUUGGACUGUCUGGGAGUACUUGGGAUUGGUGACCUUCAGGGAUGUAGCUCUGAAUUUUUCCCAAGAGGAAUGGGAAUGGCUGGACUCAUCUCAGAAGGAUUUGUACAGAGAUGUCAUGUUGGAGAACUACAGGAACUUGGUAUGGCUUGGACUCUCCAUUUCUAAGCCCAACAUGAUCUCCUUAUUGGAACAAGGAAAGGAACCUUGGAUGGUGGAGAGAGAGAUGUCGGAUGGUCAACAUGCAGGCUGGGAGUCUUGGUAUGAGAUCAAGGCAUUAUCUCCAAAGUGGUACACUGAUGAAGAGGAAAUGUCGCCGGGGGUGAUAACAAAAAGACUUCCAAGUUAUAGCCUUGAAUUCUCCAGUUUCAGAGAAGCCUGGAAAUAUGAGACUGAAUUUGAGCGGCAUCAAGGAAAUCAGGAGAGGCAUUUCAGGCAAGUGGCAACUCUUAAGGAAAUCUCUGCUGUGAAGAAAGACAAUGAAUAUAGUAAUUCUGAGAGAAACAUUCUCUUGAAGUCAGUACUUGUAACACAACAGAGAGUUCCCCCAGUAGAGCAAGUACAUAAAUUUGGUAUUUUUAACAAAAUGUUCCCCCCAAAUUCAGUUCUAAUUGAACAUAAAAGACUGCAUGCCAAGAAGGAAUCUUUGAUAGGUAAUGAAUGUGAAGAAUUCAACCAGAGCACAUACCUUAGUAAAGAUGUAGAAAUUUCUCCUGGGGAGAAAUCUUAUGAAAGUAAUGAUUUUUCAGACCUCUUAAGUUUCCAUUCAUUACUUACUCAACAUCAAGCAACUCAUUUUGGAAAAUCACCCCGUGGAUAUGAUGAGUAUGGCAAUGCCUUUAGCUGUUACUCGUAUUUUACUCAACCUCAGAGAAUUCAUAGUAGAGAGAAACCAUAUGCAUGCAGUGACUGUGGCAAGGGCUUCAGCCAUGACUUUUUUCUCAGUGAGCAUCAGAGAACUCAUAUUGGGGAGAAACCAUAUGAAUGUAAGGAAUGUAACAAAGCUUUCCGACAGAGUGCACACCUUGCUCAACAUCAGAGAAUCCACACUGGAGAGAAACCCUUUGCAUGCAAUGAAUGUGGGAAGGCCUUUAGCCGUUAUGCCUUCCUUGUUGAACAUCAGAGAAUUCACACAGGAGAGAAACCAUAUGAAUGUAAGGAAUGUAACAAAGCCUUCAGACAGAGCGCACACCUUAAUCAACAUCAGAGAAUUCACACUGGAGAGAAACCCUAUGAAUGUAAUCAAUGUGGAAAAGCCUUCAGUAGACGCAUAGCCCUUACUCUGCAUCAGAGAAUUCAUACAGGAGAGAAACCCUUUAAAUGUAACGAAUGUGGGAAGACCUUUGGCUAUCGCUCACACCUUAAUCAACAUCAGAGAAUUCACACUGGUGAAAAGCCCUAUGAGUGCAUCAAAUGUGGGAAGUUUUUUAGGACUGACUCACAACUUAAUCGACAUCAUAGAAUUCAUACUGGAGAGAGGCCUUUUGAAUGCAAUAAAUGUGGGAAAGCGUUCAGUGAUGCUUUAGUUCUAAUUCAUCAUAAAAGAAGUCAUGCAGGAGAGAAACCCUAUGAAUGUAACAAAUGUGGGAAGGCCUUCAGUUGUGGCUCAUACCUUAAUCAACAUCAGAGAAUUCAUACUGGAGAGAAACCCUACGAAUGUAAUGAGUGUGGAAAGGCUUUCCAUCAGGUCUUGUCCCUUAGGCUACACCAGAGAAUUCAUGCCGGAGAAAAACCCUAUAACUGUAAUGAAUGUGGGAACAAUUUUAGCCGUGCUUCAACCCUUAGACGACAUCAGAAAAUUCAUAAUAGAAAAACUCUCUGAUUAUGUGUAAUAAGAAAACAUGUAGUCACCACUUGGUCCUUAUUAAAUAAAUAUCAAUGAAUUCUUCAGUUAGUAAUUCUACUAAUAUGAAUGUAGUAAAUAUGGAAAAGUCUCCAGUUCACAAGCAUCCCUUAUUUGAAAUAACCUGAGUAGUAGCCAUCUAUUACUUUUGGAUCUGUCGUAUGCUGCAUUUGAGACUGAACCCAUCCUCAGUACCUGUCAUUCUGAUGAAAUUAUUUAAUCAGGGAGAGUAGUGAUCAAUUAUUUUCCUCAACCUAACUAGAAGUGAGGGGUUUUCAGAUGGCCCUGUCUAGACCAGUAGAGCCCUAGGAAGGUACUGUUAUGGGUAAUGAGAAAAGAUCUUUUCUUUCCUCGCCCCCUGCCCCCCACUGGAAUUGCAAAUGUCAAGGAUUUGAUAAAAACUCACCAGUAGCCUUUCUGUUACCACAUAAAGCCUUCCCAAGAUACAUCCAAUACAAAGAAAUUGGAGAUAAUAGACAGAAAUAUGAGGAUGUUGUUUGAUCUGGAUCCAGUCAUGUCUGAAGCCUACACCAUCUUUGACAUUUUCAUUUUUGUGAUCCAAUAAAUUUUCUCUUUUUUUGCUUCAGUUAA